CGGAGGCGGAGUCAGAGGAGGCGGUGGCUCCAGAGAUGGCAGUGAGCGACAGGAGGGGGCUCGGUUGCGGGAGACCCGCGGAGUGGGGACAGCGGCUCCUUCUGCUGCUGCUGUUGGGCGGCUGCUCCGGACGCAUCCACCGGCUGGCGCUGACGGGGGAGAAGCGAGCAGACAUCCAGCUGAACAGCUUCGGUUUCUACACCAAUGGCUCCUUGGAAGUGGAUUUGAGCCUUCUGCGGCUGGGCCUCCAGGAGAAAGAAGAGAAGCCCCCACUGGUGGGUUUCAGUCUGAGCCGGGUUCGAUCUGGCAGCGUUCGAUCGUACUCAAACCGAGAUUCCCAAGACUGCCCACUCCUGAAAAACAGUAGCAACUUCCUGGUCCUCUUUCUCAUCAACACCAAGGAUCUGCAGGUCCAGGUGAGAAAGUAUGGGGAGCAGAAGAAGCUGUACAUCAGCCCUGGGCUCCUCCCCGAAGUGCCCCCGAAGCCAGAGCACAAGGUCACGCCUGUGGUGGGCCCCGGGGCCACCGCAGAGAACAAGGACAAGCAGCCCAUGGUGUCUCAAGGACGCCAGCAGGGCACCAGUGAGAAGGAUAAGGAGCUGGUGCUGGAUCUUGGCCACCUCAAUGACUCCUACAACUUCAGCUUCCACGUGGUGAUCGGCUCCAGGGCCGAAGAGGGUCAGUACAACCUCAACUUCCACAACUGCUACAACUCGGUGCCGGGAAAGGAACAGCCAUUCGACAUCACGGUGAUGAUCCGGGAGAAGAACCCCGAGGGUUUCCUGUCAGCAGCGGAAAUUCCCCUUUUCAAGCUCUACAUGGUCAUGUCCGCCUGCUUCCUGGCCGCCGGCAUCUUCUGGGUGUCUGUUCUCUGCAGGAACACGUACAACGUCUUCAAGAUCCACUGGCUCAUGGCGGCCCUGGCUUUCACCAAGAGCAUCUCCCUCCUCUUCCACAGUAUCAACUACUACUUCAUCAACAGCCAGGGCCACCCCAUCGAGGGCCUUGCUGUCAUGCACUACAUCACACACCUGCUGAAGGGUGCCCUCCUCUUCAUCACCAUCGCCCUGAUCGGCUCUGGCUGGGCCUUUGUCAAGUACGUGCUGUCGGACAAGGAGAAGAAGAUCUUUGGGAUUGUGAUCCCCCUGCAGGUCCUGGCCAACGUGGCCUACAUCGUCAUCGAGUCCCGCGAGGAGGGCGCCAGCGACUACGGCCUCUGGAAGGAGAUUCUCUUCCUGGUGGACCUCAUCUGCUGUGGUGCCAUCCUCUUCCCGGUUGUCUGGUCCAUCCGGCAUCUCCAGGACGCGUCUGGCACUGAUGGGAAGGUGGCAGUGAACCUGGUCAAGCUGAAGCUGUUUCGGCAUUACUACAUCAUGGUAGGAGCCCGGCUGGCACCAGGGUGGGGGGCUGGCCUUGGUCCCACGUGGGAGGUGGGCGGAGCAGGCAGGGACAGCCAGCCAUUGGCACCUCCACUUCCUCUGCCGUCGGUGCACCCUCCCCUCUGCCCUUUGCCCCUGGGCUCCACCCUAGACCCACCGUCACGGUGGUCCCACGGUCUUGAUGGUCCCUCUGCCCGUGCCCACCCCGUGCUCCUGCAGGUCAUCUGUUACGUCUACUUCACGCGCAUCAUCGCCAUCCUGCUGCGGGUGGCCGUGCCCUUCCAGUGGCAGUGGCUGUACCAGCUGUUGGUGGAGGGCUCCACUCUGGCCUUCUUCGUGCUCACGGGCUACAAGUUCCAGCCCGCAGGGGACAACCCGUACCUGCAGCUGCCGCAGGAGGACAAGGAGGACGUGCAGAUGGAGGAAGUAAUGACGGACACUGGGUUACGGGAAGGCCUAUCUAAAGUCAACAAAACAGCCAGCGGGCGGGAGCUGUUGUGAUCGUCUCCCCAUCUUGGACUGACCUCGUUCGCCCUCCCGCCUUUUCCCCUCACAGACCACCCGUCUCUCCUGUUUCUCUUCCAAAGUCUGCGUGGGGGGUGGGGGAGGAGAGGGCCGGUGUGGAUAUGGCACCCAGCCCCCUGGAACCCGGCUUCCUGGAGCCCUUUCAGAAGCAGACAGAACCCCCUCCCCCUUGUUACCCCCAAGUGCAGGGCCACCCUGGGACCACCCCCCACUUCCAAGCUGUACAAUAAUGACCAGUCUGUUUUGCUACCCGGGUUUCUUGCCUUCCUGGAGUUUGGAGUCUAACGCUAAGGUUACGUUUACAGUUCAGAAAUGUGUAUUCACUUGCGGGGGUGGGUGUGCACCGUUCAUUGCUUUACAUAUUCAAUAAAUGUUAAUUGAGUG